AUCGCCACGGAGUAUUUUCUCGGUAUAUAUGAUCAGCCUCUGGCUCUGACUACUAAUUACCGUUACUGCAUCGACAAUCAAAAGACCCGAAACAUCGAAGACAGUGUCUCGACAACGAACAACAAGUGCACGAGGCCAGGCGCGGAUGGUAGAUCUGGAGCGCGCCCAUUCACCUACCUCUUCGAUUGCUAUUAUAUCCAGCCAGCCCGGGUUUUCGUUUCUAGACGAGAACAUUUCAAAACGACAUUUCUCGAGCAACGCGACGCCAUCCUCCAACAUCAUAGCUGAAACCGAUUGCCUCUCGCCAACAUGACACCCCCACCAUACCUCUACCACGCCCUCCUCCGGCCAUCGAUUCUCCAGAUCCUCCGCGCAGCCGGCUACCACGGCGCCCGCACCUCGGUGCUCGACUCAGUAACGGACAUGGCCGCCCGCUACCUGGACGCGCUCUGUCGCCUCACAGCCGCCUUCGCCGCUAACAACAACGAAGAGUCCGAGACGGGCGAGCUGGUACCAACAAUAGUCGACGUGCGCAUGGCUCUGCAGCAGAUCGGCGCUCUGCUGCCCGAGAAGUCGGAACUCGAACAGCUGUACAACGGCGUGGAAGAUACCCGGGGGGUGGACGCGUUUGUCGCGUGGGCGGCGGGUCCGGUCAACAAGGAGAUCAAGAGGAUAGCGCUCGACAGUAGUGAUGAGGCGACGGAUUAUCUCAAUGCUCUCAAACUAAAACACAGCAAAAACGACGACGACUCCCGCUACACGGGCUCGCUCCUCGGCAAAUGCAUCGAACACGGCAACGUCGAAGUGGAAGGCGGCAAAUACCACAGCAUCUCGGUAUGGGAGGAGAAGAUGAAGGAAGCCGCGCGACGACCGACACCACAACCACAACCCCAAGAGAACGAGCCGGAGGGCAUCAACGGCGACAGGGAAGAUUCACGCCCGCCCAGUUCCGGGCUGAGCUCGAUUGGCGACCAGAGCAUAGCCGACCCUAUGGACUUGGAAUGAGCGAGUACACUGGGGUCCUGAGGUUUGGCUGAGACUUGGGUCCUUCGCCUGAGGUGGAAGGACCUGAAAUUGUGCCCGGCUUGUCGAUGCCGACAUUAUGAGGCGGCAGGCGAACGCCGGUAGACUGUUGACGUAUGUGGCAGUAUGGACCAGCAGAUGGGGUUCUCACGCUGCGCUCACGGUGGAAAGAGGCAGACUGGAGAAUGGAAAGGGCGAAGGUGAAUCCAAACAUUUCAUUCCUGUUGGGUUUUAGCGGUUUCAAAAAAGCAUAGCGAUGGCGUUCUGGAUACUCAGACGAAGCACAUAAACAAAAUUUCUG